GCUCGAUUAGGGUUUUGCCACAGCCUAAUUGCCUGGGCCUCUUAAAUUUAUACUACCAGGAUGCCUAUUGCCUGAUCAACAAAUGGACCCCUGAAUUAUUAGGAUUUCCCAAUUAGGCCCCCAAACAAAACCAUUAUUAUUAUUAUUAUUAUUAUUAUUAUUAUUAUUAUUAUUAUUAUUAUUAUUAUUAUUAUUAUUAUCCUAUAGUGGAAAACAGAAUAUUAUUAUUAUUAUUAUUAUUCUGAAACUGAAGAGUUUUACAUAGACACAUAACUUGCAAGAAAAGGAAUUACAAUCCUGAACUACAAAGGAAAAUUAAUACUACUAAUUAUCGAAGAAGAAAAAAAACUAAUACUACUCGGAAACCAACUCCCAGUCACCAAAGCAACUUCUCUAACGUGGAAUCAUGGAUUACUGGAUGAAGCGAGAGUCGGGCUUCGGAAUGUGGCCCGACAGUUAUGGCUCGGUCGGUGAAUUGGGAUCUCCUCAUCAUCCCCUAAAAGGUUGACCUUAUUUUCAAGGUCAACGUCUGGGAAACAUUUUAUCUGCACCAGUUAUAGUUACAGAGUGGUAAAAUGUUAUAUUUGGUUUAGAUGUAUAUUUUGUUGUGCCUGUAAAUGUGGAUUCCCUAAAUAAAUGCAUGUUGUGUCUAUCUAUCAAGCUGCGACUUUGUCCGUCCUCCUGCUUCAAAGUUAAGACUUUCGUUUUACAGUUGUUCAUAGCUAUAUUAAUCUCCUAUUUGUGUGGUGUGUUUGCAUAUCAAAUUCAGUGAGUUUGUUGCGAGACGGUCGAGGUGAAAUUUUUGCACUAUUGAAUCUCUUGUUCCAAAAAAUUUGUGUAAGAUAAAAUAGUAAUCUUAACACUUGUGUAUGGUUAUACUAACUUCAAUAUCACUCCAUUUGGGAUCUUUUUCUCUCUCUAUGAGUAAGAGACAUUGUGUUCUUACUACGCCUCAAAACCUAGAGGACCUAGAAACAUUUCAAGGUUGAAGAAUUAGACGAUGAGUUGUGGUUAUGGGUGAUAUGUCACUCAAACCUAGAGCUAGCCAAGUCUCCCUGAAAUACGUCAAGGCAUGUGAGGUAACUGGACGUCUAGAGUAAAGCAAUAUUUCGGUGUUUUGUUUGAAAGGAAAGUCUAUUUUUCAAGAGAAGGAAAUACGGUCGAAACGUAGCAUGUAAUCAAUGUAGUCAAAAUCCCGAUUUUAAUCUUAAAAUCUUACGAUUUUACGAUCUUACCUAUGGGUUCCGAUCCUGAUUUUACUGUAAAAUCUUUGAACCUUAAAAUCCCAUAAAAUCCCGAUUUAAAACUCUAAAAUCCAUAAAAUCUACGAUUUCUACGAUUUUGUACGAUUUCAAGGUUCGUAUCAAUUGGAUCAAAAUUAGGCCGGUCAAGUUGGGUUAUGCCCAUGAACCGAGUCAAAUUUACUUUCCCCAACCCAACAUAAUGAACAACACAACCCCAACCUGAUAGUUAACCCUCAAUUUAUUUUCAUUCUCUUCCUCGUAUCUUCCUCUUUCGCACGUUGGCGCCCAACUCCUUCCAUCAACGAUAUCUUCCACCCUCCCAAUUAGCUUGUAGUUUGUUCCCACCACCCUCACAAUAAUCCAAAUCUCCAUUACAUUGCAAGCUUUUGUUCAUCUCCCAAUCCUUCAGCACCACUAACCCUACCUUUUAUCAAUUAAGAAGGGAAUGCAUCAAUCAAUGAGUUAUGUUUUCCAGAUGAUGGUAAUCAAGGAAAUAUGGUUAAUGGUGAAAGUACUUCAAGUGAUCAUAAGAGUAAUGAUAUUAGUCCUUAAACAAAUAAAAACGAUGAGAGUGAGGGUGAGGUUGAGGAUGAUGACGAUGACGAUGAUGUGUAAGUGAUGUUAAUGUUGAUCCUAACGAUCUUAUGUGAUUUUCUACUCUUAACAAUUAAUUAACAGUGAUAUCUAUAAUGUUUCAGGUUUCUUAUUUGUGUGUUUCUAUUAUGUACAAGAAAAAUAUAUGGAUUAGUUGUGUUUGUUUAGCAAACAAACUUAUCUUGGGAAGUAAUUAUGCUUUAUGUGGUUGAUUGUUAUUCAAGAUAUGCAUUAUUAUUACUAUCUAGUGUUUUAAGUAUUUAUUUUAAUAUGAACCUUAAAAUCUUACGAUUUUACGAUUUUAAUCUACGAUUUCGAUUCUACCUCAGUUUUCGAUUUUACUUAAAAUCUAGAUUUUGACUGCAUUGCAUGUAAUUAGAUAUCUAUGGUAAAACGCUAAUUUGGUGUUUUGUUUGAAAGAAAAUUCUAUUUUUCAAGUUGACAGGACAACAACAGGAACCAAGAUAUAGCUAACAAUUCUCGGAACAUAUGUUAAAUCCUCAUGGGCAAGGGAAGAACCGGAAAAGAAAAGAAAAAAACCCUCUCACAAAUACUCUUCUAAGUUCUUCAGAAAACUAACAAAAACCUUGAUGCACUCUAGACUAAGAUGUAUCUCUACUGAGUAGAUCGGAUCACGGCAUGGUGAUAUUGUGCUUGUCGAGAGAUGCAAUCUCAUCUCCAUCGAAUCUCGGCUCAGUAUUCCCAACAACACCGAGGCUCCUCAAUAGUUCUUCCCAUUUCUUUGCUAGCCCCUGCAUCCCAUCUUUCAUGUCACCUUCCCUCGACAUAUUACAACGAGUAUUCAGUAAAAUCAGUUGGAUGUUUAAUGCACUACCUUCAACGAGAGAUCUUGAGCCAUGCAGUUCUGGAUCAUUUCAGACAGUGCAGGAGUACCAUAGGUUGCAACUGCCUUCUCGACUCCUCUAGCCACCGCCGCUCACAUCCACUGGAUCAACUUCAUCGCACUGCAGCAACAUUUUCGUACAUUCCCUAUGUUUGGCCCGACAUUUAGAAGUGUUUUUCGGCUUUAAAAGCUGAAGUAGGGCCAAACACCUGUAAAAGUUUGGCUUUUGAAAAACCGAAAAGCGCUUUUGUAUAACAAAAAAGCAAAAGCUCCGAUGUGGAGCUUUUGCGAAAAGCUGUUUUGAAAAUACAAGAUUAUCCUUAAUAUAUUUUAAUUUUAUUUCAGAAAAUAUAAUUUUGCUUCAUUUAUAUCAUUUUAAAAAUAAUAUAAAUUAUAAAAUCAUGUUAUUUAAUAUAAAAUAAAUCUAACAAGAUCCAUUUUGACUACUUUUUAUUGUUUAGAAUUUUUAUUUAUAUUUUAUUAUUUUGGGAGUGACAUAUGAAAUGGAACGGGUCGUCCUGGUAAUCCACCCAACCCGAUCCAGAAACUCACAAGUUAAUCAAAUUAAGGUCAUUGAAGCUAUGAAAAUUCUAUUUUUCGGAUGGGUUGGGGUCGGAUCAUAAUUUGCUAGGCAUAUACAUCGACGUCGCUAUUUAGUACUUAACCGUUAAUUUUUAUCAGCGAGAUGAACGAAGGCGAAAUGUGCGGAGAAGUGGGAACGAAGGCUCCGCCGCCGUAACCGCUCCGCCGGCCCGACUAUAGUGUUGUUUACUGCUUCUACUGAUCGGCGGAGCAAAACCGCCCCCAAAGCGAGUCCGCGAGUCCAAAGUCCAAACAGUUUCCUCUCCGAGUCUUCUUUCUCUCUCUGUCAUCAUUCCUUUCCUUAAAUUACUGUUUCCCUUCCCAUUCCGCGCUGACCAUCUUUCUUCUCCCAUCGCCAUUCCAAUUUUGAAACAGAUCUCUCUCUCGUCUCUUCUGCCGCCUACCUCAACUGCAUCAAUGGAUCUCUCAAUUGCGUUGCCAUUCCCCUCCAUUACCACCAAACCCUUUCCUUCCCAUCUUCUUCUUUCCCGCCCUCUCUUCCCCAGCUCUUCGCCCGGAAGAUCCUUGCUCUCUACUCGAAACCCCUCUUCUUCCCGCCACAAUCACCGCACUCCUCGACAACGACUCCGCCGCCGUGUUUCCGCAGCCGUCGACGACGACGAUGGCGGCUUCGUCCUCGAAGAUGUCCCUCACCUGUCCGAUUUCCUCCCCAAUCUCCCCGUAUUGAUUCUCCUCCCUCUUCUCUUCUCGUCCUCCUAAUCGUAUAGUUGGUUCAAGAUAGUGAUCUCUGGUUCCCCCUUUCCUUGCUUCUUCAGCUGUAUCCCAAUCCCUUGGAGAAGAGCCAAGUUUAUGCCAUUGUCAAGUAUGUAGUCUCUCUACUUUGCCUUCCUCAUUUUCACAACCUGAGCUUCUUUGUUUGUGAUCAAUGUUUACUUCCCUUAGGCAAACCUUCGUCGGCCAGGAAGAUGCGGUGGCGCAGCAGGUAUGCUAUCUUGUACAUUUCAUUCCCGCGUCUCCGCCUAAAAUGUGUUAGUUACCGUCUUUUUGGUGCUCCCAGGUCGUUGUUCAUAAAGGCAGCCCCCGAGGAGUACACUUCCGGCGAGCCGGCCCUCGAGAAAAGGUGUUUAUCCUACUCUAGCCUUAUCUUUUCCCACCCCCCCCCCCCCCCCCCCCCCCCCCCCGGCGACGAUGAAUGAACAAGAAAUCAAGAGAAUGAUCAAUUGAGUAUUUCUUAGGUGUACUUUAAGCCUGACGAGGUUCGGGCUUGCGUAGUCACAUGUGGAGGGUUGUGCCCAGGGAUCAAUACAGUCAUCCGGGAGAUAGUUUGUGGGUUGAACUACAUGUAUGGUGUGGAUGACAUUCUUGGUAUCGUGGUGAGUGAGCUCUUUUUGAGUAUCAGAGUUUCCCUCUUGUUUCUUUCCUUUUCUCUGGGAAAAUUUGAUUGGUGUGAUUUGCAGGGAGGGUAUAGAGGCUUCUACUCUAAGAACACUGUGAAGCUGACCCCUAAAGUUGUGAACGAUAUCCAUAAACGUGGCGGCACUACCCUUUUGACAUCUAGGGGAGGUCAUGAUACGGUUAAGAUAGUUGACAGCAUUCAGGACAGGGGAAUUAAUCAGGUCAGUUGUUGAUCUUUUCUGUAUGAUAAAGCACACUCACACACACACAACGGGCACGAGAAUACUAGGCCAGGACGUAGAAAGAGUGGCGAGUUUAAAGUUUUGACAUUUCUUUGAUCUUAGGUGUACAUAAUUGGAGGUGAUGGGACCCAGAAAGGAGCAGCUCUAAUUCAUGAGGUUGGUGUAGACUCUUUGAAGUGUUUCGUUUGUUUGUUAGCAUGGUGAAGUUUUGCAGUUUUGACAGUGUGCCACACUUUCCAUUUCCUUGUGCUGACUUGCCUUUGUGAUGGUACUAAAGGAAGUUGAGAAACGUGGUAUGAAAGUAGCAGUUGCUGGGAUUCCCAAGACCAUUGACAAUGACAUAGCUGUAAGUUCUGUAAACCUGCGUUUGGAUUUAAUUAUACUUGAAAGCCAAUUUCAUAUGUUGUUUGGUGCUAUACUUCCCUAGUCACAUUAGUCAUCCUGGGAUACAUAUCCAUGCCAGUAAAUGAAUACAAAAUGUGUAAUAGUGGAUCAGGUGAAAGAAUUUUUACAAUGGAUCGAGUUUGAGCAGAAUUUUGACUCUGAGGACCGUUAGAAUGUUUGUGUUAGAACCUCGGCACACUGUUAUAAUAACCGAAACUGUGUUCUUGGAAGUAGACUGAGCACUGGAAGGAUGAUGAUUCUGUCUGUUUAAUUGUCUGCCUCGUGUCCAAAAUAUUUUUAAACUACAUUGAGAACUUGGAAUGUAAUGGCUAAUUAUAUUUUCUGCACAUAGUAUCAAAGUAUUUAGGCGGGUUCCAUUUUUGUAUGAUUGUGACAGCCAUGAACGUCUAUAUCUUGGUUCUCUGGGGAAAUACUUAAUAUGUCUUUCACUUAUACUACUGAAUGUCAAGUUUGAGUAAUAGUUGAAGAGUGAUGAAAUUGAGAGUUUUGCAUUUACGUUUGCUUGGAGACAGAUGAAUCUUAGAUAUAUUUUUUUUUUCUUUGCUUUGAAGAGGAACCUGUUAGACAUUGUCAAGCAAUGAGUUCCAACAAGAAUAUGAUGUUUUCAAUGCUCAUUUUAGGAGAUAGACAAAUCGUUUGGGUUUGAUACUGCUGUUGAAGAAGCUCAGAGAGCAAUUAAUGCUGCACAUGUAGAGGUUGAGUGUGUGGAAAACGGAGUUGGAGUAGUCAAGCUGAUGGGACGAUGUAGUGGUGAGUUCUCAACAUUUGACUAUAGGCUUUUUAAACUUCAGUGUCUGAUUUUAUACUUUUGUGUAUAUAUCAUCACGAAGCAAAUGUGUUGCCAAAGGGAGCGGAGCCUGACCCUAUGCCUGUUCCUAGUGUUUGGUGAAUGCUCCAGGAUUGUUGCUUGAUUCCAGAAUCUCCAUUUUAUCUGGAAGGUCAAGGCGGGCUGUUCCAAUUCAUUGAAAGCCGGAUGAAAGAAAAUGGGCAUGUGGUUAUUGUGAUAGCUGAAGGAGCAGGGCAGGAAUUUGUUGCUCAGAGCAUCCAUGACGUCAAUCAGAAAGAUGCAUCAGGAAACAGGCUACUUCUUGCUGUUGGUCUCUGGUUGUCUCAUAAGAUUAAGGUUUGGAGCACAAGCUUUAUCUCCUUCAUUGCAAUUGGUCUUUCGUAAUAUUUGUGGUUUCCUUAACUUUUGGUUGGCAUGAGUUGCCUUCUUAUUAUCAUAAAGACUUGUAAUAAUCCAAUGGCAGGAUCACUUCAUACAAGUUCGGGAGAUGGAUGUAAAUAUGAAAUACAUAGGUAUGCUUCGAUUUCAGUGGAUUAUUGCGUGUUGCACUUGAAUACUUACCAAGUCCUGAUAUAUGGUAGCAAGUUGUGCAAAUCUCAAUUCUUGAAACACCCUUGCUAAUAUAUUUUAUAAGGAUAAUCUCACUCUUCUCCCAUAGUCACUCUAUCUGUCUUUGAGUGAGGCCAUAUGAAUAAAUAAAUAUGAAUGGUUGAUAAGUCUGCAUACAGUGCAUCCUGAAACAUUGUUGGGGUUAAGACGUGCUGAGCUUUUCUGUUUUCUCCAGUCUCUGUUAAGCUUUUCACCUUGUUUUUGUCCUGUCAUGCAAAAAGAGAAGAGGUUUAUCCCAUUUAUCUACCUGUUGUGAUGAUAUAGAUCCAACAUACAUGAUACGGGCUAUUCCAAGUAACGCAUCAGACAACAUAUACUGCACUCUUCUUGCACAAAGUGCUGUACAUGGGGCGAUGGCUGGGUACACAGGCUUCACAGUUGGACCAGUUAAUGGCAAACACGCCUACAUACCCAUUGCUGUAAGUAACUCCAUCUCGUGCGCUUUUGCUGGCAAAGAAAAUCUUAGACUAUGACAUGGGAGACUGUUUCGCUGCUGUUAAUAAAAGUCUGUUGAGAUAAAUGUUGUGAUAAUCAGUACUGAGUUUGUGAUUAUGGUGGAUGGAUUGCAGCGGGUCACAGAGACACAGAACACAGUGAGAUUGACGGACAGGAUGUGGGCUAGGCUUCUUUCCUCAACAAACCAGCCAAGUUUCU